AAAAUCAUGUUUAUUGAACACAUCCCCCCGCUUUACCCAAAACCGGUUGAUGGAGUUUGAAAAAAAAACAUAAAAGAGAAAUUGCAGUAUGAUAUACAGCGAUAUGUCUAUCUCGUAUAUCGCUUCAAUAAACUAAUAAAGUAUUUAAGGUGAAAAGGAAAUUUGUAACUGGCAAGUUGUUGUAACUUAAAAGAAGUGGUAAAUAAAAUCACCGGAUAAAACAUCGUCUUUUAAAGUUAAGGACCACCACGCUACGGCGAUAGAAUGGAGGGUAGGCGGAGGACAUACACUCGGCACGAGCGUACAGGAAACAACCUUAUGUCGGACUAUGAGACUUAUCUUUGGGGCUCGAACCGCUAUGUGAAUUACAAUUCUUCCUCAUCGUCGACCUAUGGUGAAGGUUACGGAAGCCUGAAAGUGACCGGGAUUGACAUGAAUAUCAGAUAUAACACAGAGACACACCGCACCAAAGACUUUGACAUCACCAAUGCCAAAUUGUAUGACAGUCGUCAAGUGCUUGUCGUAAGACGAGGGCAGAAAUUCUACAUGAAGUUUACAUUUGACAGGCAUUUUAACCCUGAAAAUGAUGAUGUUCGAAUAAUUUUUCAAUUUGGAAAACGUCCACUUCCCUCUAGAGGAAGCCAUGUGGGCUCAAACUUUCCUCCACAUUCAAGUUACGGAGAGAGUAAAUGGAAUUCUCAUUUACUGAGUCGAUAG